AUGUCGCGAACAUCACGCAACGUUGGAUGGGUGCAGCGAAAUGAUGGUGAACGUGACCAACGUUACACGAUGCCCCAAGUACUAAAUGCAGAUGGUUCCAGGGACAGACGAUCUGGUCUAUUUGAGACACCAUCAUUUGGAACCUCAGAAAUCUUGACCCAAGGACGGUCAAGAUUUUAUAAUGAAAUCAAUGCACCGCAUGGUCCCGGUGUAUAUCAGUUGAUGACCACAAAUGGUGCCGGUAGACCAACAACUCAAUAUGUCGGUAUGUCAAAUGAUGUCAGUCGACGUUUGGACGAACACGGUCUUCGUGAAAACGACAAUAUCAUGAUACAAAUGAAUCAAGCAGCUAACAGAGGGAUGGACGUACGAGCUUGUUACGCUCCGGCUGAUAAUACAUUGGAGGCAAGAGCACAAGAGCUGUAUUUGCUAGGUCAGCGAGACUACUCUUGGAAUGAUAGAAAUAAUGGUGGAGCGGAUCGUAGGUGGUGGCACUAG